GGCAGUACACAGUAGAUGUAGAUGUACGCCAGGACCAAGUUAUCUGCUCCGAGAGUGAAUCAUGGCCAGUUGAGGCGGACAAAUGGAAGAUACGACACAGGCCAUCUGGCUGGCCUAGCGAGGAUAAGAUAGAAAUUCAGCUUGAAGAAGAGAAAGAAAUAGGAAACAACGAACUUCAAGAUAUAUUCACAAACGUUGCUCUUCAUGUAAACACUAUCUCUUCCGGAGGACAGACAGAUCAAAGUUACACAGACACAAACGCAUUGUAUAAUAACAGUCUAAGUAUGAAAGAAGAAGUGACGCGUUUAAGAGAAGAAAGUCUUAAACGUUUAAAUGCUAUCGCAGAAAAAGUUGCUGCUGAUAAAGGGAUCGUAAAUCGUAAAGACGCAAACGAACAUGUUCGGUAUAUAUGCAGUCUUUAUGGAUCUUUUGCGGACAAAAUGACACCAGAAGAGUUGCAGAACUUCCGGAAUGAAGUCGCAAAUAUAAUUGUUGAGAGUAGUAUUUUAGAAUAUCUUACACAGGUCGUUGUAGCCUACCCAGCUGAUGUGUAUUCAAACAUUGCAACGUAUAAAGACACACAUUUAUUAUUUCUGACGUUAACACUAAUCUCAUACUACACCGGUUGCUCUGACACAUUGUCUGACGCGGUUGCAGAGACAGACAUAUUGGUAUUUUGCAAGAGGUUUUUGACGCAAAAUUCUGAAGGUCAUCUCAAUGGAGAGCUGAAGGACAUUUUAGAAAAAAUACUUCAUGCAUGUUUUUGCAAAUUGCACAACCUUUCUAUGAGGGAAGCUAGUGUAGAACGACUGAGAGACUUGGAUUUCACGAAGGCAAUACAGCCAUACCUAAAAUCUCCAGAUGACGAGAUUAGCUUGACUGCCAUUGCAGUUCUUGCAAAUACUGUAAAUGAAACAGAAUGCAAUGUUAUAGAAGCAAAUGUACCGCUUGUGGCCAAACUGCUGUACUUCUUACAAAAAGGGAUGGAAGAAGAAUCUCGCACAUACGAAGGAUGGUCAUGCAAGAACAGUGGACGAGCUGUCCGAAACCUUGCGAAAAAUGAUGCAAACAAGAAGUUACUCUGGAAUUUGAAUGCGAUGCGAACAUUAGUUGACUUGGCGAAAACAGGAGACGAGAAAGAACAAUUAGAAAGUGUUCAUGCGAUAUGGGCGCUAUGUUUCGACGAAGAAAUACGUAAAGACGUCGUGAAUGAUAAAGACUCGAAAGUGGUAAAUGUACUGUUAGAUCUAGAAAAGACAACAACAAAUGACAGCAUAAAGAAUGCUUGCGCUAAAUGCUUGUGGACACUUAAACAAGAAUUGUCAACAUCAACCAACAAAUCAAAUCAAGAAGCAGUUAAAGUAUUACCUCAGACAGUGAGCACACAGCCCUCCAAAGGUCACAUUAUGAUCUCAUAUCAAAGCCAGAACCGAGAUGUAUUAAUCAAAAUUAAAGGAAGCUUAGAAGAAAAGAAUUACAAGGUAUGGAUGGACAUCGAGCAAAUGGGAGGCUCAACGUUACAAGCAAUGGCUGAAGGUGUUGAAAAUGCACUUGUUGUAUUAAUCUGCUAUUCAAGAAAAUACAAAGAAAGCGAGAAUUGCAGAUUAGAGGCCGAAUACACACAAGAACUGAGAAAACCAUUCAUCCCUCUAAAAAUGGAAAGAGGCUACAAGCCCGAUGGCUGGUUAGGACUUAUGAUAGGUUCCAGGUACUUUGUUGAGUUUUCAGGAAAGUACAAAUUCGAAGAUAAGUUGGUUGAUCUAUAUAGAGAGCUAGACAGGAUCUUAAAGCCCGAAGCGGUACAUUCAGAUAACACAGCGCAUGAUAAAGCUGAGUUGCAGAACAAAACUCCGUCGGGAGAUGUUGGCAAUGCUGUUGAAGCAGGUAUUGGUGACACUAGGAAAGCUAAAAAUUAUGGAUAUGAUAUCGCAACAGGCGACAGAACAGGAAAUGCACAGGCUGAAUAUAUAGGUUCCCGGAAGAUUGCUUUAGAGAAAAUAAAACACAUGCGAAAGUGGAGCCAAGACGAUGUGUUCAAAUGGUUGUCUAAAUACAACUUGCAGAAUAAUGGUUUAGACGAACUGACAGGAGAAGAAAUUUGGUUGCUGGCCAAAGUGAUGUGUGAGACACCUGGUAAAUUAUAUGAUUUUAUGGAAAAGGACUUAAAAGUGGAUUCAUUGCGGAUGAAAUCAAGACUUGUUUGGGCGCUGGAUGAUACUGUCACGUCAUAACCCAUUUAACUUAUAGUACAUUUUAAUAAAUACUCUCCCUAGAUAUAGGAAUAUCUCAUCCAGAUACAAUCUUUUAAGUUUCAGUGUCGCAUUUAAAUUUUAAUCUAUUGCAUUUCACAUACAUAUUAAUUGCUAUUACCUCUCGGCCUGGGCAAUGUUUAGAGCCCACCUCAAACUGUUUCAUGUUGUUUUUCAUUGUUAACUAUGUGGCCACUGGUCAAAGGAAUUUUUGAGGCAACUGGUAAACCUAUGGAUUUCUCUGAAAAGACUCGAAUGUCAGUAUAUUCACGUGAAAUCGAGACUAACAGUUGUUAUAUUUUCUGGUUCUGCGGGAUCAUUGAGUUCAAUCAAUGUUUACGUAUGAUAGGGUUCCGCUAGGAAGGCUUAGAGAAGUGUUGCCCUUUUCUUAACCCUCGUGAACAAACUUAGUCGAAAUGAGCCUGCUUCUAAUUUGCUUGGUUGCGUUCUAUGCUUCCAAAAGAUCUUCCUACAGAUUUUAUUGUUUGUUUGUGCACUGGGUGAGACUAUCAAGUUUUAUCCAUUCUAACUCAUUGAAUAUUAAUCUUUCCUGAUACUGAGCACCACACCGACUGCAAUACAUCAAUUUAUUUACCUUUUUGUUCACUUGAAAAUGAAUUUCAUUGUGCUGCAUUUCGCAUACUUUUGUUCUGUACAUUGUUAAUUACUAAAGAUGUUUCGGCCUGAGUAAUGUUUAUAGCCUAAAUAAAAAAAAACCUGCCAUAUUUAUGCCCCUGACCACUUCAAAGAUGGAAAUAUUAAUCUAUCUUCUUUUAGAUUUUAUUUUGCAGAAAAAUAAUUUUCAUGUACCGUUUCAAGAAUAAACAAUUCAUAUUUUGUCGUUGAUGUAUAAACUUAUCCAACAAGCGAUCGAACACUGUAGUGAUCGCUGGUCAAUAUUAUAUAUUUAGUAAAUGUCGAAUUCAAGAAUACAUAUAUAAAGUAUUUUUGAUGCUGUUAUACCCCUGCAAGUAUUGCAAAGGCAUUUGCCAAAGGAACUAGUUUAUACUUAUUUAUUGUCCAAAAG